UUACACGGCGUUACGUGCGUUACCUGUAUUUAUUCCGAUUUCCAAGAAGAAUUGUCUCCUUUCUCUCGUAUAGGUAGACACGUUCAAGCUACCAGGGGCGGUAUCGUCGUGAGUGGUUGAGUAUACUGCGGACGCUUUCCUGGACCACCAUCUACGGCGAGGAAUGAAAGCGACCGCGGUAACCCCCACAGUUUUAAUCGAAUCACGUGACCAUUCACCCGAAGACGGCAGGCGGCGCGAAAAGGACGGACAAGACGAGACGACGCCCGGUCACGCCCGACCGGUAGCAACUCCAAGUUCGCCAUUCUCCACAGGCAAACAUCAACUCGUCUCACAGGAAGGCCGGGACAGGGGGCUCGGGCUCUCAGUCAGAGACGGUUCCAAGCACCGCGUUGGCAUCGCUACACGCGGCCAGGCAGCAAAGCCCAGGCGACUGCACGACCCUUCUCCCGCUCGCUGUCCGCGUUCCGGCGCAUCGACUCCAGCCGACCGAUCGCGUGGAAGCCAAUCCAAGACGAGUCGUCGCAGCAGGCUUAACACAAGGCGGGGGAGACGCGUCCGUUCGCCGAACAGAUCGAACCCGAGUUCGGUCCAGACGCUGCGGACGGGCGUGAGCCCCGAACGCGUGCUCGGUCCAUUUCCGGUUCGUUCGAGGAAACACAAGCCGAGUCCGACGAAAAACGCGGCCGCUUCGAACUUUGGCGGAAGCGGUAGUACGCCGCCUCCGUUACUGUUGGAUGCGAAUGGUGGCGGUACAAGAGCGGUCGUUUCGCCGGACCCUGGGGCAACAGAAACGACAACAGCGCCAUCUCCAGCACUACGCGAAAAAACGGCGGCCAUGCUUCUGAAGGCAAAGUCGCCACAGUCGGCCCGCAGUCUCGACCCAGUGCUCAAGAACCUUCAGUGCGUCGCCAAGUGCGCCGUGGAGCUGUCGCUACUGCUGGCCGCGCUCGUGACACUCACCGUCUGGCUGCGCCACAACGCGGUGGCUCCGGUGACCGCCAGCCCGUGUUCCACAGUCGGUUGCACGGCGCACUCGGCCGAGUUCAACGGCACUCUCAACUACAGCGUCGACCCUUGCGUCGACGUGGACGCGUUCGUCUGCUCCAUGUGGCGCAGUCGCGGCUCCGGCGAGGACCACAGUUCGUUGAGCCUGCUCGCCCACGUGAUCCGCGAGUACGAGGCGAGCGUGGCGGAGAUCUUCUUGACGGGCAGGACCGAAUUUGCGGCAUCCAGGAUGGCGACGGACUUUUUGCGCAAGUGCACUCAGCGACAAGCUGCGCCAUCUCUGGACAACUUCAAGCACUUCUUCGCACUCAGUUCUCUACCGUGGCCUUUUGACGCCACGGAGAGUGUUGACACCGGUUUGCGCCCUUUGGAACGUGUCCUCAACCUGAGCCUGAUGUGGGACAUCGACACGUGGUUCCGAGCCUACAUGAAUUCAGCCCCAGCUUACAAGUCCAACACCACUGGGGUCCUAACGUUGUUUGUUGAGACCAGCGCAGAGCCGUCUGUGUGGCUCGACUUCGUGCGAUCUCUCGAGAUGACCCAGAGUCGAAUGCACUACUACCGACGCAUGCAUGACGCCUACAACGGCACCCUUCCGGACAGCGCCGAGGUCGUCCGUCGACUCGCCACCGAAAAGAAAAUCCUGUCCAUCCUGGACACCGUGCGGGCAUCGCGGACCGGCGCCAAGUCCGUGGUGACCAGCUUGCGCAAGAUCUUAGCCGCCGUCGCCCACACGGAACUCUCCGACUGGCUCGAACCAAUCAGGGCAGCCUCUGGCUCGAAGGCCGCUGACGUAAACGCCCUCGUGUCUGUGCAAGACGUGCGUUUGCUGCGGGCCGUUGACGAGUUGCUCUCGGCUCACAGCUCUCGAACGCUGCUGGAACACUUGUCCUGGUGGCUGCUUCAGCGGCUGACGGUGAUUGGCUGGCCGCAGGCGUACGACGUCAUCGCCGGGAGCGAAACGGUAACCUCCACGUGCUUUCCGCGGUCUCUGGAUAGUGCGGGGUAG